AUGGCGAAUAAAGUCGCACUCGGAGAAGGGUGUGGCGAAAUUGAGGAGCAAGUUCGCCGAAUAUCGACCCUGGAAGUUAUCUGGGGAGAGAAUGAACCGAACAAUCCAAAGAAUUGGCCAGUAUGGUACAAGAUCUUUGGGAUAGCGACUAACUCAUUUAUGCCUACUAUAGUUGGUAUCUAUGCCUCUGCCUAUACUGCAGGUAUCAGUGGCAUCCAGGCUUCAUUCCCAGGCACAUCCAAAACGAUGGUACUGCUAGGAGGGACAACUUAUCUAUUAGGACUUGCUCUGGGGUCUUUACUGUUAACCUCGCUGAGUGAGAUUUAUGGUCGGCGCCCUGUCCAUAUUUUAUCAACUGGGCUACAUAGCCUCUUGGUAAUCCCCGCGGCAUUGGCGCCCAGCCCAUCUGCUAUUAUAGCCAGCAGGUUCUUCGGAGGCUUUGUUGUGAGUGCAAGUUUGAGUACAUCGCCAGGAUCCGUUAGUGAUCUUGUCAGUGAUAAGCACCGGGCGCUGGCAUUUAGCUUUUGGAGCCUGGGUGCGAUGAAUGGUGCUGUUAUUGGGCCGAUCAUGGGUGGCUUUGUAUUUGAACAUAUGGGUUGGCGAUGGAUCAACUGGAUUGUAGGAAUUUGCAGCGGGGCUUCGUUCUUUGCAAACUUCCUUCUGGAGGAGACCUAUGCCCCAGUCAUCCUGGAGAGACAAAGGAAAAUUCAACACCGAACAAGGGGCCCAAGUUGGUGGAAGCGCCAUGACGACGAUUGCCAACCGUAUGACUGGGAUAAGGCGAAGACAAGCAUUAUACGACCCCUGAAAAUGGCCUUCUUCGAACCAAUAUGUCUUAUGCUAAAUGUUUACGCUGCUAUAUUCUAUGCGAUACUCUUUCUUUGCUUUAUCGGUUAUCCAGUCGUAUUCGAACAGCAACGUGGAUGGUCACCUGGGAUAGCAGGACUAGCAUACUGCGGUAUUAGUGUGGGAGUAACUUGCGCCGUUAUCCUUGAACCCGUGAUUCGUACUUUUCUUACGAAAUACUACCACGAUCCAUCUGGUAGCACUCUCGAUGCAUACAUGGUCCCAGCCUGUAUAGGAGGGAUCUUGGUUCCUAUCGGCCAGUUUUGGUUUUCAUGGACUGCGCCCCAAGAAAACAUCCACUGGAUUGUUCCAAUUCUUGCCGGAGUUCCAUUUGGAUUUGGUAAUACGCUUGUGUUUAUCUAUAUCCUCAGUUACCUGUCGGGCAGCUAUGGUAUAUAUACUGCGUCUGCUGUAGCUGGGGCCACGGCGCUCAGAUACAGCUUUGCUGCGACUCUCCCACUUGCAGCGCCAAAAAUGUAUGACACGCUUGGGGUGAACUGGGCUGGCACGACUUUGGGAUGCUUAGAGAUCAUCCUUAUUCCAAUUCCCUUCAUAUUUUAUAAGUAUGGAGCGAAGAUUAGGGGGCGUAGCGCCCUCAUAUCAAGCCUUAGAUAA